CGAGUAGGAAGAGGAGCCGGGGAUAUCUACGCUGUUUUUUUAGGUGACGCAGCCGGAGCGUCGUGUACUGGGAUAUGGAAGAUGGCGAGUCUGGAGACAGCCGCGGAACACGAACGGAUCCUGCGGGAGAUUGAGAGCACCGAUACCAAUUGCAUCGGACCCACUCUGCGGUCGGUGUACGAUGGCCAGGCUCAUGGCCUCUUCAUGGACAAGCUGGAGGGCCGCAUCCGCAACCACGACCGCGAGAUCGAGAAGAUGUGCAACCACCACUUCCAGGGCUUUGUGGACUCCAUCACCGAGCUGCUCAAAGUGCGCGGAGAGGCGCAGAAGCUGAAGAGUCAGGUGAUCGAGACCAACCAGAGACUGCAGAACGAUGGGAAGGAGCUGCUCUCCCCGAUGGAGGAGCUGAAGCUCUGCCGUCUGCAGCAGAGGAACAUCGCCACGUCCAUCGACAAACUGACCCACUGCCUGCCAGUCCUGGAGAUGUACAGCAGGCUCCAGGAGCAGAUGAAGGCCAAAAGAUACUACCCGGCGUUGCGGACGCUGGAGCUGCUGGAGCAGACCUGCCUGCCCCAGGCGGGUCAGUACCGGUUCUGCUCCAUCAUGGCGGAGAACAUCCCCCGCCUACGCACGCAGAUCCGGGACGUCUCCAUGUCCGACCUCAAGGACUUCCUGGAGAGCAUCCGCAAGCACUCGGACAAGAUCGGAGAGACCGCCAUGAAGCAGGCACAGCUGCAGCGGAGUGUGGACAGUACCCUCCCUCACCAGCAGAGGGCGGGCAGCGGACGGAGAGCCCGGAAGGAGGCGGGGGCCAACACGGACCUGGACGGGCACGGCUGCAGCCCGCUCUCCGAACAGGACUCCGGGAUACUGGACGUGGAGGACGAGGAGGAAGACGAGGUGGGGGGACCCCUUAAUUCACCUGCAGUGCUCAAUCCAGCCCAGCGGCAGUCAGAUGGUGCGGGCGUCUCGUGCUCUGUGGCUCCCCCUGGUGGUCUGAUGGUGUACGUGUCUGUUCGGCAGGUGCCCGGAGCCCAGGACCUGGUGGACUUCUCCCCCGUGUACCGAUGCCUUCACAUCUACACCGGGCUGGGCGCCCGCGACACGUUUGAGAGCUACUACAGGAAGCAGAGGAGGAAACAGGCACGCCUCGUACUGCAGCCUCACUCUAACAUGCAUGAGACUCUGGACGGGUACAGGAGGUACUUCAAUCAGAUCGUGGGGUUCUUCGUGGUGGAGGACCACGUCCUCCACACAACCCAGGGCCUGGUGAACAGGGCCUACGUGGAGGAGCUGUGGGAGUUGGCCCUGUCCAAGACCAUCGCUGCUCUUAGGACACACUCGUCUUAUUGCACUGACCCUGACCUGGUUCUCGAUCUGAAGAACCUCAUCGUGCUCUUCGCCGAUACCCUGCAGGGUUAUGGUUUCCCAGUCAACCAGCUGUUCGACAUGUUGCUGGAGAUCCGAGACCAGUACGGAGAGAUUCUGCUCAAGAAGUGGAACCUGACCUUCAGGCAAAUCCUGGACCUGGACAACUACAGCCCCAUUCCCGUGGCGACGGAGGAGGAGUACAGGUGCAUCACGGGCCAGUUCCCCUUCCAGGACCCCCAGCUGGAGAAGAUGCCCUUCCCGAAGAAGUUACCGUUCUCUCAGUUUGUUCCCAAAGUCUACAGUCAGCUGAAGGAGUUCAUCUACGCCUGCCUCAAAUUCUCAGAGGACCUUCACCUAAGCUCCACAGAGAUCGAUGACAUGAUCCGCAAGUCCACCAACCUGCUGUUGACUCGAACCUUGAGCCACUGCCUCCAGUACGCCAUCAAGAAGAAGAACGUGGGACUCGCGGAGCUGGUGCAGAUCAUCAUUAACACCACGCACCUGGAGCAGUCCUGUCAGUUCCUGGAGGGAUUCAUCUCCAACAUCACCAACGUGCCCCCCGACACGGUCAACGCCACCAAGCUCUACGGGACCUCCACCUUCAAGGAUGCGCGUCAUGCUGCUGAGGAGGAGAUCUACACCAAUCUGAACCAGAAGAUCGAUCAGUUCCUGCAGCUGGCCGAUUACGAUUGGAUGGCGGCCCAGGGGGGCGGGCAGGCCAGCGACUACCUCAGUGACCUCAUCGCUUUCCUCUGCAGCACCUUCACCGUGUUCACCCACCUGCCCGGGAGGGCCCUAGAGCACGCUGCCAUGUCGGGUAAAGUGGCGCAGACGGCCUGCAUGUCUGCCUGUAAGCACCUCUCCACCUCCCUGCUGCAGCUCCUGCUGGAGGCUGACGUCAGGCAGGUGUCCAUGGGGGCCCUGCAGCAGUUCAACGUGGACGUCAGGGAGUGUGAGCGCUUUGCCAGAGCCGGGCCGGUGCCUGGGUUCCAGGGAGACACACUGCUGCUGGCCUUCAUCGACUUGAGACAACUCCUGGACCUCUUCACCCAGUGGGACUGGUCCACCUACCUGGCUGACUACGGCCGCCCCACCUGCAAGUACCUGCGUGUGAACCCCCACACCGCCCUGGCCCUGCUGGAGAAGAUGCGGGACACGAGUCGGAAGAACAACGUCUUCGCCCAGUUCCGCAAGAAUGAGCGGGACAAGCAGAAGCUGAUCGACACCGUGGUCAAGCAGCUGAGGAACCUGAUCUCCGCCCACCAGUCCUAAGUGCCCCGCCUCAUUGGCUGUCGCAGCUGGGCUGACUCCUCCCCCCCCCCCCCCCCCCCAGCUCUAAUUGGCCGCUUCAACCUAGGGACACUCGUGUGACCAUAGGAAGCAGUCUGUACCCAAACACUCCUGCUUUGAUGAACGCUCUCAACCCUCCCUCCCUCCCCGCCAAACACAGCCGCCACAGGAGAAGCCACGCCCAGAAACCACCCCCGACUCCCUUCCCCCAAUGCAGAUGACCUCUGUGCUCCAAACUGACCCGGAAGUGGUUUCCCCCCCGUGAACUCCUGCCUUCUCUCCCCCAGCUCGCGUGUCGCAGAGAGACGGGCGAGGAGCCCUGCGUUUCUCACGUCCUCGUCCAGCUGCGCAGCCAUGCCACCGUGGGUCCGAUUGAGCCGAACGCAUUUCUCAAGGCACCUCCACCUUUUAAACUGCUUCCUACCUGCUCACCUGCACACUAGGAGGAGCCUGCGGAGAGGCAGACCGCCGGUCGCUCUCUGUCCUCCCCAUGACGAUUCUCUGGAUAGACCUCAGUCACGAUGUACUUUUGCUGGAUUUCACUGCGCGUCUAAAAGGCAACAGACCAGUCCCUAUGUGCUGUGUGGUCGCCAUAGCUACUGCACGCCCAGUGGUAACCUGAGUAUAACUGGAAGCUGCUCGGCCCCAGAGCUAUGACUGUGCAACGGAUCGUUGCCCACAUCAGUCACUACGCCCAAACGGAACAGGGGAGAGUUGGGUCACAUCUACGGCUACGCCCAAACGGAACAGGGGAGAGUUGGGUCACAUCUAUCGCCACGGCCAGCUGUACCGCGGACAGUUGGGCCACAUCCGUCUCUUCGCCUGCCUGUAGGCCCCCUCCUGUCACGUGCUGUGGUGUUCACGCCUGCGCUCUGUGCUCCCGUCUCCCCCCGGUCACCUCCCACCGACGCCUGCGUUCCUCUGGGGCUCGCCACGCCCCCCUGCGCCGCAGUGCACUCUGGGAAGCCCUGGUCCUCGGCGGGGGGUUUCCCCCGGGUCCGUUUAGCGUGACGGGGCCGUGGAGGAACAGGGCAGCGGGUCACGCUGCGGAGGCCUUACCUGACCCUGUGACCUUUGACCUUGUUUGAGUCCCGUGUUACGCUGACGGUCCCCUCUGCGAAUGUGCUGAUGUGCACUGAGGGUUGAGCUCCCCUCCCCUCCCCUCCCCUCCCCUUCAGCCACUCUUCUUCUGGGGUCCUGAUACCAAAGACUGCCGUUCCUGGAGGGGCUCUCCGCCGUCGGGCAGAGAGGCGGAUGUGGGUGUGUGGGGAAGGGGGUGGGAGGAGGACAAUCGUCGCUGUGGGGAGGGAGUAAAUGAGUGUGCCUUCUGCAUACAGCCCCUGGGUCUUCUCAUGACAAACUGUCCACAGUCUCAGCCCCCGAAAUCAUGCUGUAUGUGUUCAUCAAAUCUCUUAGGUCUUCCAGUCUCUAUGAAUCCCCAGGGGGUCUCAAUCUACGUGUAAACUUAUAAGCACAGCUAAAAAAAAAACUUAAAAAAAAAACAAACAAAAAAAAUCUAAAAAAGUAUUUAAUGAUCUAAAUCCUCCCUGUUUGUCAUUGUCAUAUUAAUGUGGGUGCAAUACAGUUUUAAUGUAGGGAGGUUGGAUUGCAUUUAGGUGUAGUUUUUCUGGGUGGGGGAGAAUAUGGGGGGUGUGAGUGUGUGUGUGUGUGUAUUGAGGGGAAACUGAUGUGCGUUUAUCUCAUUUAAAGGGAUUGUUGUGAAAUAAAGGCGCAUAUUUGAUCACACAGACAAAAAGGGAAAAGACCUGCCCAGUCUUCCUGGAGGAUAACCUGCACUGUCAGCCCAGUCUUCCUGGAGGAUAACCUGCACUGUCAGCCCAGUCUUCCUGGAGGAUAACCUGCACUGUCAGCCCAGUCUUCCUGGGGGAUAACCUGCACUGUCAGCCCAGUCUUCCUGGAGGAUAACCUGCACUGUCAGCCCAGUCUUCCUGGAGGAUAACCUGCACUGUCAGCCCAGUCUUCCUGGAGGAUAACCUGCACUGUCAGCCCAGUCUUCCUGGAGGAUAACCUGCACUGUCAGCCCAGUCUUCCUGGAGGAUAACCUGCACUGUCAGCCCAGUCUUCCUGGAGGAUAACCUGCACUGUCAGCCCAGUCUUCCUGGAGGAUAACCGACCGGGAGGUGCAGAAUGUUGCCCAGUCUUCCUGGAGAAUAACCGACCGGGAGGUGCAGAAUGUUGCCAAGUUAGCAUUUCUUUUUACACGUGUACGUGCCUGUAUGUUUGUAUGUGUGUGUGUAUUAAUCUGUCUACAGAUAGCCAUGUUUCAGAAGUGCUUGCGGUUGGAUGAACUUGUGGACGUGCCUUGACUUUAAUUUUCUUUUUUUUUUAUUAUUAUUUUUGUUUGUUUAAAUCGAAAUUUCUGCUGCCUGUUGGCGAGUUUGUCGCUCCGCGGCUGGUGUCGGGUCGGAGGCUGCCCCCCACCCCCACCCCCACCCCACCCCGCCCCCCCGCUGGUCCGCUGCACUGGGCCGGGGGGGGGGGGGAUCGGACUGAGCCAAUCCCAGAAGCAGAACCGGAAAAGGGCCUGUGGACAGCGUCCGCCAGCAGAGAUGCUCUGUACAGUUUGUGUUCCAUUAAACCACUAAUGACCUUGGGCUAUUACAAUACUAAUAAAGCUAAGGCAAGUAUGGAUAAAUAAUA